GUCGCUGCUCUGCUCGCCAGGCUGCUGCUCAGGGGGAGCGCUGCCGUGGCACUGCUUGGAGCCGCUCCUGCCGACUCGGACAGCCGAGCUGCUUUUUCGGCUUGACAAGGCUAUCUGCUGAUUGUAUAAUUUAAUUUAUCAAGGAAAAAACCUGAUAAGCAGAAGCUCUAACUGAAGAGGAGAAUCGUGUUGGCGCAGUGACAGAUGUUCGGAUAAAGAAGUUGGCUCAGAGAAGAUGUACAGAGCCUGAAUUUUUUUUUCCUUUUUUUUCCUCCCCCUCAAUCUGAAUGAAGACUAUCAUGGGAACUGCAUUCACAUGGUGAUCAAAAGAAACACUCGAGUGAUGAACUGCUUUUGCAGAAGUCUUCUAAGGCAGUAAUUUGAGCUUUUGUGUGCAGUAGCUAGCUUGUUUUGCUGAAGCAUUCCUCCUCGACUGUAUUUUUGCCUUAACGCAUUCCCUGAUGGAGAAGCCACAGCUACUGCCUGGUGAAGGAAAAAUGAACGCUCCGCAUUGCUCGUGUCCCUGACGGAGUAACACCGGCUGCGCUGCUUUUGCUGGAUUCAGCCGGCAAUAUUAUUCAAGGAGUUCAUUGUCCCUGUGCUCUGACUCAUUGCAUGUAAAUGUGCUGCAGCCGUGCUGCACGUUGCAGCUAUUUUCUUACAUGGGAAAGAAUUCUUUUCCUCUGAGCAGGUCCUGAAUAACUGCUGAAGCGAGAUGUGUUUUUCUGUCUGGACUGUUUUUGACAUUGAGAAAGGAAGCUGUAGAAUGGCAGGAUGAUCGGGAGGCGCGUUUAUUUUCAGUCACCAGAAAGCCUGUGAGGGUUGAUUUAAACUGACCUUGCAGGAGCGGGAAUAGCUGCGGCCGGCUCUCUCGGGGCAAUUGUUCCUUGUUCCGUCCUCUGCAGGACAGAGUCGUGUCUUCUGCAACAAUGACUUCACUGUGGGGGUAGAAGGACGCUGUGGAAGUUGUGACAUUAACAAAGACAAAUUUGCUUCUGAAAGGACAGCUGUGUGCGACAGUGAGUGCUGUUCGAAUGGAAUUGGAUCUUGGGAUAUUUUUAUCAGCUGUUCCACAGUUUCGUUUUUGUGGUUUCGAUGCUUAGGGACUUUUUAUUUUAUAAAGAACAACUUUUUUUCAGCAGUGUCUUGAACAUCUCGUGGUGUUUAAGUCUGGAAAAUGAAGCGUGGGGGGGGAUUGGAAUGUCCCUUUCUAGAUGCUAAGACACCAGCAGUAGCACUCACAAGUUGGUGAGGGCCUGUGAAACAGGUGAAAGUAUUUCCUCUAUGGUCACUAUUGCCAUACCUGCAGUCUGCUUCCAAAAAUACCAUUGCUGGCAUUUUCUUGUUUGCUUUUGCUUCCUCAAACGGAUCGAAUGAGUCGAGUCUGUAUUGUUGUUUUGGAGGAGGAGGAAGAUGAUUCUCCCACAUUUACUUCCAAUUUACCUCAGGAAAAUGUAUCUGUACAUCCAUCGCCCUCUGGAAACACGCUGCCACCAUUGGUUCAAGCUAUAUUUAAUGGAGAUCCUGAUGAAGUUCGAGCACUAAUAUUUAAGAAAGAAGAUGUUAAUUUUCAGGAUAAUGAGAAAAGGACCCCUUUACAUGCUGCUGCCUAUCUGGGAGAUGCAGAAAUUAUUGAACUACUUAUUUUAUCUGGAGCUAGAGUUAAUGCCAAAGACAGCAAAUGGUUGACUCCUUUACACAGAGCUGUAGCAUCUUGUAGUGAGGAUGCUGUUCAGGUGUUGUUAAAGCAUUCAGCAGAUGUCAAUGCUCGUGAUAAAAACUGGCAGACACCCCUACACAUAGCAGCUGCAAAUAAAGCUGUGAAGUGUGCUGAAGCUUUGGUGCCUCUCCUAAGCAAUGUAAAUGUGUCUGAUCGAGCAGGCAGAACCGCACUGCAUCAUGCAGCCUUCAGUGGACACGUUGAGAUGGUCAGCUUACUGUUGUCUAGAGGGGCCAAUAUUAAUGCAUUUGACAAGAAAGACAGACGAGCUAUACAUUGGGCAGCAUAUAUGGGUCAUAUUGAUGUUGUGAAAUUACUCGUGACCCAUACAGCUGAAGUGACAUGCAAAGACAAGAAAUCAUAUACACCCUUACAUGCUGCAGCAUCUAGUGGGAUGAUUAGUGUAGUCAAAUAUCUUCUGGAUCUUGGAGUUGAUAUGAAUGAGCCAAAUGCCUAUGGAAAUACUCCUCUCCAUGUAGCUUGUUACAAUGGGCAAGAUGUUGUAGUGAAUGAACUCAUAGACUGUGGUGCUAAUGUAAAUCAAGUGAAUGAGAAGGGGUUUACACCUUUGCACUUUGCUGCUGCAUCAACACAUGGAGCAUUGUGUUUAGAGCUCUUGGUCUGCAAUGGAGCAGAUGUAAAUAUAAAGAGUAAAGAUGGGAAAACACCUUUGCACAUGACAGCAAUCCAUGGUAGAUUUUCAAGAUCCCAAACCAUCAUUCAAAAUGGAGCUGAAAUAGACUGUGAAGAUAAGAAUGGAAAUACCCCAUUACACAUAGCAGCUAGAUAUGGCCAUGAGCUAUUAAUCAACACUCUGAUUACGAGUGGUGCUGACACUGCAAAGCGGGGUAUACAUGGGAUGUUUCCUCUCCAUUUGGCAGCAUUAAGUGGAUUUUCAGACUGCUGCAGAAAGCUCCUCUCAUCAGGUUUUGACAUUGACACACCAGAUGACUUUGGCAGGACUUGUCUUCAUGCAGCUGCAGCUGGAGGGAAUUUGGAGUGCCUAAAUCUUCUGCUAAAUACUGGUGCAGACUUCAACAAAAAGGACAGAUUUGGAAGAACUCCACUCCAUUAUGCUGCUGCCAAUUGUAAUUAUCAGUGCCUGUUUGCCCUUGUGGGAUCUGGAGCUAGUGUGAAUGACCUUGAUGAGAGGGGUUGUACACCUCUGCACUAUGCAGCUGCAUCAGACACAGAUGGGAAGUGCCUGGAAUACUUGCUAAGAAAUGAUGCCAACCCUGGGAUCCGAGACAAACAAGGAUACAAUGCAGUUCAUUAUUCUGCUGCUUACGGUCAUCGCUUGUGUCUUGAAUUGAUUGCAAGUGAAACGCCUCUGGAUGUUCUGAUGGAAACAUCAGGUACUGACAUGCUGAAUGACUCGGACAACAGAGCACCUAUAAGUCCGCUGCAUUUAGCUGCUUAUCAUGGCCACCAUCAAGCUCUGGAAGUGCUAGUACAGUCACUGCUGGACCUUGACGUGAGGAAUAACAAUGGAAGGACACCACUGGAUCUUGCUGCCUUUAAGGGACAUGUGGAAUGUGUAGAUGUGCUCAUAAAUCAGGGAGCAUCAAUCUUGGUGAAAGAUUAUGUUGUAAAGAGGACCCCAAUUCAUGCUGCAGCUACAAAUGGUCAUUCAGAAUGUUUGCGGCUAUUGAUAGGAAAUGCAGAGCCACAGAAUGCAGUGGACAUUCAAGAUGGAAAUGGACAGACUCCUCUGAUGCUGUCAGUUCUCAAUGGGCACACCGACUGUGUUUAUUCACUCCUUAACAAAGGAGCAAAUGUAGAUGCCAAAGAUAAGUGGGGAAGGACAGCAUUACAUAGAGGGGCAGUUACUGGGCAUGAGGAAUGUGUGGAAGCAUUGCUCCAACAUGGUGCUAAGUCCUUACUGAGGGACUGUAGGGGACGGACCCCCAUCCACUUGUCAGCUGCGUGUGGCCAUAUAGGUGUGCUGGGAGCUCUGCUGCAGUCAGCUACUUCUGUGGAUGCAGCACCUGCAAUGGCAGACAAUCACGGCUACACAUCACUGCACUGGGCCUGCUAUAAUGGUCACGACAGCUGUGUAGAGCUGCUCCUGGAACAGGAAGUUUUUCAGAAAAUGGAAGGAAAUUCUUUCAGUCCCUUGCAUUGUGCUGUGAUAAAUGACAAUGAAGGUGCUGCAGAAAUGUUAAUUGAUACACUAGGUGGUGGUAUUGUAAAUUCAACAGAUUCAAAAGGAAGAACACCUCUGCAUGCAGCAGCUUUUACAGAUCACGUUGAGUGUCUACAGCUUCUGCUUGGUCACAGUGCUCAAGUAAAUGCUGUAGAUUCUUCUGGGAAAACACCUUUAAUGAUGGCUGCAGAAAAUGGACAGACGAAUACAGUUGAGGUGCUGGUUAGCAGUGCUAAGGCUGAUCUGACUUUGCAAGACAAUUCUAAGAACACAGCACUCCAUUUGGCUUGCAGCAAGGGUCAUGAAACUAGUGCCUUGUUAAUCCUGGAGAAGAUUACGGAUAGAAACCUCAUCAACGCCACCAACGCAGCCUUGCAAACACCUCUGCAUGUUGCUGCUCGAAAUGGACUAACGGUUGUAGUUCAAGAGCUUUUAGGGAAGGGAGCAAGUGUACUUGCUGUAGAUGAAAAUGGUUACACGCCGGCUUUGGCCUGUGCGCCCAACAAGGACGUGGCCGAUUGCCUGGCUCUCAUCCUGGCCACCAUGAUGCCUGUUUCAUCGAGCAGCACAUUGCCCUCCCUCACCUUCAAUGCCAUUAAUCAUUACACCAACACCUCAAAAACUGUCACCUUCGACUCCUUGCCAAUCAUGAGGAGUGACCACAGCUCCUACUGUACUUUCAACAACAUUGGCAGGGCAGGUGGCUACCCCUACACAGAAGAAGACGAGCUCAAUGAUUCAGAUUCUGAGACCUAUUAGAAGAUACUUUUUGUAGGUCUGAGUGAACCCUCACGCUGGAAGGUCAGACUCGUGCUAUCAGAAAGCUGUUGCUGUUUGAAUACAGAAGGAGGACACACCUUUGAGAAGAUGUUUUUUAUUGUGGUUACAUAGAAAAAAAAAAUCUGUGAGACUCUAGGAAGAUUUUUAAGAGCAUAUUUUGCAGAAGAACCAUAAAUUCUUGAAUAAGUACUUCGAAUCCAUGGCAAAAAAAGAAAAAAAUAAAGAAUGUCAAAACUGUUUUAUUUAACUGUAUUCUACCAUUCUGUUUCUGGUGCCAGGAGUAAUUCCUGCAGACUGGGCACCCAACUUGGUGUAAAUUAACAAGACAAAGGAUGCUAGAUUCAGAUGCUCUCAAUAAACCUAAAACCAUUUUGAAGGCAAUAAAUGAGUUUGGUACAGUAGGCAUUGUUUGUGCUGCAAAUUGCCAAAGGACCAAAUAACUUAAAGAUUUUUUUAAUUAAAUGCGUUUUUUGAAAACUGGAAUAGGUUAUUUGAGAAGUUAUUUCAACCAAACCUUAAUUACUUCUGGAAAAGAAGCUUAGAUUUGGGGUUAAAUGUUGAAUUUUAUUUUUUUUUAAUCAUCUGAAAGCCUUCCGACACUAUUAAAUGUACCAUAAAAAAAAAAAAAAGCAGAUGUGCUUUUAAGUUUUAUUUUCUUUUUCUUUUAGGUGAAAAUUAUCUGUCAUACUUUUAUAAUACUAAAAUUAAACCAGCUAAAAAGGUGAAGUCAGGGUGAAAAAUGUACAGUGUAAUAAGGGAAGGAAGGGGUGGGAGAUGUGGGAGGGAAGAAGUAAUUGUUGCACAGUUACAGAUUUUUUUUUUAACUUUUCGGUUUUGGAUGGAACUUUUCUUAAUUUAAAAAUACAUGAGUAACUAGGAAACUAUGAAACUGCAUAAAAAAUGGAAUUGAAAUGUCUCAAUAACCCUGUUGUGACUGAGAGUUCUUUUCAGUAAUUUAUCUACUUCCUUACAUCAUAAAUUUGUAUGUAAGAUUAAAAUUGUAUAUCCCUGUCACUUUUUUUUUUUAAUCCCAGAUUUACAGUGGGAGGGAGGAGGGGAGGUGAAUUUAAAAGUAUAUUUCCCUAUUAGAGAAAAAAGUACAGUGUCUGGUCUGUGGGAAGAGCUGUGUAUCUUUGUUGUGCUCCAUUUAGAAAAUAAACAGCAGAAACAGGUCCCUGUAAUGUAGUUCAGACUUGCCCAAUUUAUUUUUUUUUUAUUUAUAACAGACUACUGUGGUUUUUUUAAUUGCCUGAAGAAUGAAAAACUGACAUAAGUAAGCUGAAGUUUUGUCUGUUAAAUAUGAGUUUACUUUAUUUGGCUCUGCUUUAACUAUAACUGUUACUUUUCAAAUGGAUUUGUUUAUGUACACGCAAGGAAUUCUUGCGUGUCGUGGCAAAGUACAAAUAAAUUACUACAAACUGAUUCCAAUUUCAUUUUUAUCCUUUUUUUGUAUUGUGAAACUGGAAAUCUUUGAUAUUGUAAAUUAACAUCUGCUUUUCUGAACAUAGUGUGGAAACAUGGGACAGUAUUUUGAUCUAUUUGAUAAUUUUGUGAGGUUUUUGAAGAAUUAAUGAGCAUGUACAUAGAAAUAGUGACUGCUUGAAUACUGUAUUUACCUGCACUCUUUCAGUACUUCAAGAUUCCUGUAUAUUUUACAGAGUAUAAUAAAACCCAAAUGUGAGUUCUACUAAUGAAUAAUUUAUUUGUAUGUACUAAGAAUUAAUGACAAAGUCUCUUGUCGAAGUGUUGGAGUUUAUAAAAUCUUCAGAAGGCUUUGCCAGCAUUUUAAUUCUAAAGCGAAGGUGAGCUACUUAAAGUAAUUUUAAAUACUGCUUUAUUAUUCCUUUAGGCUCCCUUAUAAAUACUGCUUUCUUAACCAUUUGUGCCUGUGUUCAUUGUUUAUCUGUGAGCAGAGUUAGAGGACUUCAGGGAGGUGGUGAUUUCUGUGCUCUCUUCCCUCUGAGUCUCACGUGUGUGGCUCUGUGGCAGCGAUGUUUGUGCCACGGGCAGCACUCACAAGAUCCACAUGGGCCUGUCUUGCAACCAUUUCAGUUUGAAGGCUGAAGCAAUGUGGACCCAUUUUUUCCUCAAAUGCUUGUGGGAAACCUGAUGAGAAAGCCAAGUUGUGUGGCAGUUAUUUAAAAGGUAACAGCUGCAUGUUUCUGUUCGUGAAACUGUCUGAUGUUCAUUCAAAAGCGCUGUGAAAGGAUGAUAUUAAUGGGCCUUUAUUAUCUGUGCUGACCUCUGUGACGUGGAGAUGACCUGUUAUCUCUGUGUGGUGGCUGUAGCCAUAGGGCACAAACUAUAGCAGGGGACACUCCUGUCCUGCUGGGAAAAUUGUAGUGCACUAGAGGCUGGGUGACAGAGGAGGAAAAGCUCAGAUGGCAUUGGUUUGUUGAAAAGUCAAAGACUGGAUAUGGAAUAUAGAUACAUGCUGAAACAUGCUGAAACAGUGCUGUUGAAUGUGUUUGUUUCCUUAUGUCCAUCAGAAAUUGUGCCUUUCAUUUUGUUGCUACUCACCUCUUGAAAAGUUUUUCACUGCAUUAAAUUGCAUUAUUUUGA